AUGUCCUCCACAAUGAUCCUGUUGGCCGUAUGGGUUGGAACCUUGACCCUUUCUGAAGCCCUGCCUAUUAAGAACGCUACCACCACUGCAGUCCAAGAGGCGAAGGUGAGACUGAAAAGAAAAUAUACAGGGGAAUAUUCGGAAAUGGACUACAUGAAUGCAAUGGACAAGAUAUUGCAAGCCAAUAACAGGCUGCGGCCUCCCAGAGGAAUGAGUUUUAGGGAGGGGGACAUCGCCAACUCAUACAUGAGGAGUGCCAUCACCUGUCCCGGCAACGCCUGCCUGUGGCCCAAAUCCGUCGACGGAUUUGUUUACGUUCCAUACAUCGUCUCUCCCCUCUACGACAAUAUGGACAGAAUUACAAUAGAAACCGGCAUGCAGGACAUCUCCGUAGACACGUGUGUCAAAUUUGUUCCACGGACGCACGAAGGAAGCUUCCUUGAUAUUCAGCCUCGAUAUGGGUGCUGGUCCUACCUGGGCCAGACCGGAGGCAGCCAGGUGCUCUCCCUGCAGUCCCCCGGGUGCAUGUGGUCCGGGGUGGCGUCCCAUGAGCUCAUGCACGCGCUCGGGUUUGUGCACGAGCAGUCCCGCUCGGACCGGGACCGCUACGUCACCAUCAUGUGGAAGAACAUCCUGCCAGACCGCAUUCAUAACUUCCAGAAACAAGCAACAAACAACCUGAACACUGCAUAUGACUACAGCUCGGUCAUGCAUUAUGGAAGAUAUGCUUUCUCUGGAGAUGGUGGUCCUACUAUCGUCCCUAAGCCGAAUCCUUACAUUCCCAUUGGCCAGCGUGAUGGACCAAGUCUACUGGAUCUUCACAAGAUUAACACACUAUACAACUGCUAA